UGAGCAACACCUUUGUAUUGGUGAUAGUUAGCAACUCUCUCACUCUCUUUUUGUUAUAUGAACCACUUGGGUUUCCGAGUCUCAUUCGUUCAGUCUGCUUCGCAUUCUCGCUGAAAUCGAUCGUCCAUCACAUUGUGUUACUCUGCUGUGUCACUCAGGAUGGCGGAACCUGCAUAUAUUGUCACGUCUGACAGUGAAACCACCACCGGAGAAGAAAAGUCAUCUACUUUUUCUGAAAUAGCAAUUGGAAUUGAUAUUGGCACAUCACAAUGUAGUGUUGCUAUGUGGAGUGGUUCCGGAGUGGAGCUCUUGAAGAACACAGGGAAUCAAAAGACUAUGAAAUCGUUUGUAACUUUCAAAGGUAACACCCCUUCUGGUGGAGUCAGCAGUCAACUCUCCUACGAGGAUGAGAUGUUGUCUGGAGCCUCGAUUUUCAACAUGAAACGCCUGAUAGGCAGAGUUGAUACCGACCCAGUUGUCCAGGCGUGUAAGAAUCUCCCAUUUCUAGUGCAGACCUUGGACAUCGGUGUUCGUCCAUUUAUUGCCGCAUUAGGGAACAAUGUGUGGAGAUCCACCACUCCAGAAGAAGUCCUGGCGAUAUUUCUGGUGGAAUUAAGAGCAAUGAUUGAAGCUCAGCUGAAACGACGAAUAAGAAAUGUGGUUUUAACAGUUCCAGUUUCGUUCAGUCGAUUUCAGCUAACCCGGAUAGAGCGCUCCUGUGCCAUGGCUGGUCUUCAUGUUCUGAGGUUGAUGCCUGAACCAACAGCUGUGGCUUUGUUGUAUGCUCAGCAACAACAGCAAAGUUCUCAUGACAAUAUGGGCAGUGGAAUGGAGAAAAUUGCUCUAAUUUUCAAUAUGGGUGCUGGUUAUUGUGAUGUUGCUGUCACUGCUACAGCUGGAGGAGUUUCACAGAUUAAAGCCUUGGCAGGAAGUACCAUUGGUGGUGAAGAUUUGCUUCAGAAUAUGAUGCGCCAUCUGUUGCCAGAAUCUGAAAAUCUAUUUCGAAAUCAUGGAGUCAGCGAAAUUAAGCGGAUGGGCCUGCUACGAGUUGCAACCCAGGAUGCAAUUCACCAGCUUUCCUCUCUGAACAGCGUUCGGGUUGAUGUAGAUUUGGGAGAUGAUGUGAAGAUAUGCAAAACUGUUCACCGAGAGGAAUUUGAGGAGGUUAACAGAAAGGUGUUUGAGAAAUGUGAAAGCCUUAUCAUUCAGUGUUUGAAAGAUGCCAAGGUAGAAGUUGAAGAUUUAAAUGAUGUGAUAAUUGUAGGUGGAUGCUCUUAUAUCCCCAGGGUGAAGAGUCUUGUUGCUAACGUUUGUAGAAGGAAGGAACUUUAUAAAGGGAUGCAUCCUUUGGAAGCUGCUGUUUGCGGUGCAGCAGUGGAAGGAGCAGUCGCUUCAGGCAUCAAUGAUCCCUUGGGGAACUUGGACUUGUUAACUAUCCAAGCUACACCUCUUGCCAUUGGGAUUCGUGCUGAUGGAAACAAAUUUAUGCCCGUAAUUCCGAAAGAUACUGCAAUACCAGCGCGAAAGGAGCUAGUUUUCACAACAGUUCAUGAUAAUCAAACGGAGGCAUUGAUUAUUGUCUAUGAAGGUGAGGGGGAAAAGGCCGAAGAAAACCAUCUGUUGGGAUAUUUCAAGAUAAUGGGAAUACCUGCGGCGCCUAAAGGUAUCCCAGAAAUCAAUGUGUGCAUGGACAUAAACGCUGCAAACGUGCUAAGAGUUUUAGCUGGUGUUGUGAUGCCGGGUUCUCGCAAACCUGCUGUUCCUGUUAUGGAAGUAAGGAUGCCAUCGGUGGAUGACGGCCAUGGUUGGUGCGCUGAGGCACUAAAUAGAAGCUAUGGUGCCACACUUGAUUUGGUUACUCUCCGAAAAAUCGCAUUAUGAAGUAACAUCUUUUUUUACUUGUCAUCCUGUGUCUGUUUCAGCAAUAGAAGGUGAUAUACAGUACAUGUCUGUUGUUUGUAUUUUGUAACUAGAAUAAUGGAAACAAUGAGUUCCAGGAUAAAUGAGUUGACGUUUAACCCUCUUA